AUGCAAGACCAGACGCUCCCCAAAGAAGAUGUCCCAGUCAGUGACAUUCUGAAGGAAUUGGCAGAGAAAAUCGAUAGCAUUGGAAUUUCAAGAUUCAACAUAAAUCGCUCCAAUGUUCUUGACGGGGCCAUACGGGGUCUUAAAAGGUUGACAUUCAGCCCAUGCAAUACUUUGAAUGUGAGAUUUUCUGACGAUAAGGGGGCGACUGAGGAAGCUAUUGACCUUGGGGGGCCAAGAAGAGAAUUUCUUCGCCUUCUAAUGCAAACCCUGUCAGAGUCCGAGAUGUUUGAGGGACGCGAAGGCCAUCGCAACUUGGCUCUAGAUUUCAGAGGAACUGCCAUUGCCCUCAGCCUGGUCCAUGGCGGUCCACCGCCAUGUUUUCUGUCAAAGACUCUUUUCACGGGCAUAUCCGAGGGAGCAGACCAGUGCCAGCCAGAGCUGGAAGACGUCACUGAUUCUGAUCUGCGCGACAAACUAACAAAGGUUUCUGAAGCCACGACACUACAUGACCUGCAGCUGUCUGUGGAGCCUAUCAGCGACUACUUGGCCACCGCUGGCUGCUUAAGGCUCUUAACAUCCUUGACCGACAAAUAUCCACUGCUGGAGGACAUCCUGAUGUUCCACGUGGUCCAUCGUGUUCGGGCACCCUUGGAGCGAUUCAAAGACGGGCUGAAAACCCUAGGCGUGUUGCCGAAAAUACAACAGCACCCAGAGGCAUUUCGCCCGCUGCUGUGCUACAACCCUCCCACGCUCACAGCCGACUCUCUGGAUUGUCUCUUCACCAUCAACUGGUCCGAGGAUGGGAGCAACUCCCGGAUUGGCGAGAACAAGACAGUGGCAUUUUGGAGGGACUUCCUUCAGGAUGUAGAAGGUGAUUGA